AUGCCACCUAAGGUCCCCAACCUUAAGUUUAAGCCACGGCAUAUUGUCCGAGCUAAGGAAGAACCCGACGUAUCGGAAUCCCCCACAGCUUUAGACAACCUGAGUUUUGUGCAGCUGGAGCGCUUGCGACUUCAACAGGAGGCUGCACUUCAGCAGGAGCAGAAGGAACGAGAACAGCAACUGUAUUCCGCACAACAACAUGUCGCAAACGGUGUGUCCUCUGCACCCUCAGGAGCACUUCACAACGCAGGUGCUGCAACCCCCGGUGGCAGUGAGCGUUUGCGAGGAUUCGGUCGUGUGGCCGUUGCAGCAGCUGCCGUCAGGGCACUCACGCGUGACUUCUCAAAUUUGCCCCCCACGUCGGAGCACCUUCCGGAGAACACCAUGUCUUCAGUACUUGAGAUGGAGUCGGAGAACCCCGCAACAACCGUUUAUCGUCCAACCCCACUGGACAGCAAUGUUUCUGCAGAGCCGAAGCAUGAGGCGGAGUUUUCUGUCGAGGGUGAUGUGAAGGUGCCGGUGGCGGAGACGGGGAAUGAUGGCAUUGCCUUCCUAAAAGGAUAUGAAAAGGAAUUGAAGAGCAGCCGACAGGACAACUUGCGCUUCGAUCGUGAUGUUCUUCAUGCUUCUGCCAAUGCUCUUGACGUUGAGGCGGACGUUGGGCGCCGCAAUGUGGGUGAACUUGUGUGGUUUCAGUUACCCCGAUUCCAGGCGGACCCACCCUUUCGGCUCUCUAACCUUCCUCCUGGAAAGGUGGGAGAAAUUAAAGUGUAUAAAAGCGGGCGUAUGAUCAUGGAGAUUGGCGGUGUUUGUUACGAUGUAGCAGUGGAGGGCUACUCAGCCGUAGGCACCGAGGCGUGUAAUGUCGUGUCGGCCGUUACGCCAGCCCAACAGCCUACGGAUAUGGCGAGGUGCUACCAACUGGGACUACUUUCAAAGAAGCUUGUAUGCACUCCCAGCAUCAACGUCGACGCGCACUGA